GUCUCGGAGCAGGUCAUGCCGCGCUUGCCGGCGCUCCUCUCGCUGCUGCUUCUGCUGCUGCCGCCGCUGGUCCGCGGCGGGACUGGUGUGCGCGAGCCGGGCCGCGGGGACGGCCCCCGAGGGCACCGGACUCUGCGUGUGCGCGCAGCGCGGCGCCGUCUGUGGCUCCGACGGCCGCACCUACCCAAGCAUUUGCGCGCUGCGUCUGCGCGCCCGGUACGCGCCCCACGCGCAACCCGGCCACCUGCACAAGGCGCGCGGCGGCCCCUGCCAGUUUGCUCCUGUGGUCGUGUUGCCACCCCGAAGUGUUCACAAUGUCACCGGGGCGCAGGUUUACCUGUCCUGUGAGGUGAGGGCGGUGCCCACCCCAGUCAUCACGUGGAGGAAGAUCGCACACUCUCCUGAGGGCAUCGAGGUCCUGGAGGAGUUACCCGGGGACCAUGUCAAUAUAGUCGUCCAGGUGCGAGGGGGCCCUUCCGACCACGAGGCCACAGCCUGGAUUUUGAUCAGUCCCCUGAGAAAGGAAGAUGAGGGCGUGUACCAGUGCCACGCGGCCAACGCGGUUGGGGAAGCCCUAUCGCACGGCACUGUGAUGGUCCUAGAUCUGAGCAGAUACAAAGGCCUCCGCUCCCCAGCUCCAGCUGACCACCUGUGAUGGAUGAAGGGUCUUGGAGAGGUUGAUCACAGGAUAAUGGAGAAGUCAAAUACUGGAUCUUUUUGCUUUGUGAAGACUUGGGAAAACUGUGUUUGUAGAUGAUCUCUUUUGUAUGUUUUUAAAAAUUGGAUGCAAACUAGAUUCCUACGCAGAUGUAGUUUUUAGCAGAACAAACACUGGGAAAACAGAUGUGCAUGUAGCUUUUUUAUACUCUUGGAAUGAUUGUUCCUUGUGAAUUCUUUUUUAACUACUCCCUCCUAGGGAGAUCAUGUAAUGGUAUGUUUCUAAUUCUAAAGGGCUCAAAACAAGGCAUGUGACAACUGUGACUCCUACCUAUGACUGAUUAGUGGGUGCUGUGUGACUUAGUUUGUGUUGUAGAAGGAGGGAGGAAGGUCUCAGCACUCCUCAGCCUGGUUUUUGCUUGCUGUGUGACCUCAUAAGUCUCUUCCCCUUGCUGGGUCUUGGUCAUUCACCUGUGAUUGUAGCAUUUGAACUGAUGUCACCAGAGUCCCGUCUAGCCCUGCCACGCUAGAGUAAGAAAGCCCUUUACAAAAAAUAUAGGAAGUCUGGUCUUAGCAUUCUUCUUAAAAAUGGUGUGCCCUCAAAAACAAAUUUUCAUCUCAUACCAGGGUGUGGACAGCUGGUGUGGCUCCUCUAUUCCCGCCUUUUCCCCAACUUAAGAUUUAGUCCUAGAUAGGUGGGUGUUUGAGAACCACACCAUCUACUGUUAUCACAGCACUCUACGUAGUUGGGCAGUGAGAUCUGACUUCUGGACAUCACAGUGUGGAAGGGGAUUGGGAGGGGUUAGGUAUUACCUCUGGGCCAUUGAAUCACAAUAUAGUACAAUGUGUUCUGCUUACAGACAUUUUGACCUCAUCCAAGAAUAAGGCUUUCUCCCUUUUUAGCAGAAAAAAGGAGAAUAUUUACUGUCUGGUGGAUCUCUGGUAAUUAGAAUUUCUUCACAUUAGCCCUUAAAGUGGACAAAGCACUGUCCCACCCAGGAGCCCAGCCCAGCAAGGUGGGCAGCACAGGAAUUAUUGUCCUGACCCUGUUAUAUGAAGAAACUAGACUCUGGGAGGGAAACUUCUUGUCCAAGUCUGGAGGCCUCUGAGCAGAGACCCUAGCUACUUUCCACUCAUGGUGUUCUUCCCAGGGUGACCUUAAAAGCAGGGAAGGAUGGUGCCACCCACCUGGCCCAGUUCGACCUCUAAAGAACACUCUCGUGCCUCUCAAGUUCGCCAUUACGGUCUAGCGCACUUGUUAGAAGUGAACUUUUUUGUCUUUAAAUGUGGCCAUUCACUGUCCAAAAUAUUGAGAUGGUGUGCGCCUGGUGUAUUCCACAGCAGAAUGAGACCAACCUGGGAAUCUGAAAACACGAGGUCUGUGCAGUUCUCAUGGCUUGCUGUGCGACUGUAGGCGGGCCUUUCACUCCCUGGGCCUCUACACCCUUAUCUGAAUAGGAAGGGAAUGAAACCAAAUGAAUGAUUUUCAAACUUUACAAUAUUGGAGUCCCUUCUUCGAGUAAAAUGAGAAUUGAAAUUGAUCAAAUUGGAAGCCAUCCUUGGCUCUUGGUAGUUGGGGCUGCUCUUGGGUACUGGGGAUUGGGGGGCUUGCUCAUAUCCCCUCUUCAUUCAGGACCUCCUGCUGUUCUCAUCUCCUCCCAUGUAAUUAUUUCCACAUCUGAGAGUCGGCCUUUAGUUGCCCUGUAACUUGAAUGGCUUGGAGAUGACUUAGACGCUUCACUUAUGUCAGAAGGAAUGGGGGUACCGUGGCUCUGGAGAAGGUUGUAGAACCACAUCUGAUAAUGAGCACAUUCUGUGAAAUCGGUUGAAUCAUAUCAAAUCUGCCUCAUCAUCAGUGGCAAUAAGGUGCAUUAACAUGACUGUUUAAACUAAUAGUUUUCUGAAUUGAGAGUUCUAAAGCCUCUUUGAAGACCAAGAACAUGCACUGAACUGCUGGUAUCAUUCAAAAGCAUGAUCCACCCCCGCCCCCAAGCCUGUGUUUUUUCUACCCUAUUUUCAUAGAUGCUGUGGUGUCACACCCCCUACACCCUAAAAAUAAAUGUUUUUAAGGAUG